GGUACAGUGACAGCUGGAAUGUGAUGGCCAGUGUGAAAUGGAAGCGUCGCACAGAUUACGGAGGGCCAAAUUCUUUUCUCUGUGACCAGAGGAUUUGGACUGGCUGUAUUUAUUUUGGAGGACACAGUUUAAACAGCAUGGAGCGGAAAAGAACAAAAGGAAGAAGGAUGGGUUCAUCCCGAAGAACCCUGUACAAACAUGAAGACACAGAUGAGAGUGUAACCGAGACAAGUCUAGAAACUGAAGAAGAUGCUAUUUUUAAUGAAAUGGCUGAAAAAAUUCAAAGACUAUUUUCAGAAGAUGACACAAAUAGUAAUAUAUUUAUCACACGUGAUGACAUGAAGAAAGUCAGUGACAUCAUUUUCUGCACGGUUGAAGACUUAGAACUUCUCUUCGAUGAACUUAAUAAUGAAGGCAAAGGAUACAUAACAUAUGAAGAGUUCACUUCAGAACUGAAAAAUUUUAUGAAUUCAGGUAGCGGUCAAUGGAAUCAAAAAAGAAAAAGAAAAUCUACAAAAAGAAUCACAGAGUUUCCUCACUCUCCAUCAUUAGAGGAAGCAGACACUGAAGAAAAAAAACAAUUUAAGUCCUUUAUGGAACAUCUGGGAGCGCACAAUGUUUUUGAGGAUGAAAGUGAAAUUUGGAAACUGUGGACCAGGCUCAGUCUUGAGGAACCUCAUUUGCUGGAGAACCUAGAAGAAUUCUUGGAAAAAGUGACAAACCAAAUCAAAGAAGCCAAAACAGAAAAGGAAACUCUGGAGAUUAUGUUAAAAAAGAGGAUUGCUGAACAUAAUGAAGAGGUACAGCAUUUAUAUGAGGAGAUGGAACAGCAAAUGUCUGAGGAGAUAAAGAAAUUAACUAAUGAGAGUCAUGUCCGGAGCAGUAUCCACAAUCAAGAAAUGAAAACUGUGAUAGACGUGAAAAAUAAAGAGGUACAUCAGCUGGUUUCUGUUCAAAAUGAGCUGGAAAGAGAGCUACAUAAUCUACAAAGCACAGAGCAGGUAACAAAAUCAGAGAAUGAAAAGCUGAAACGCACAAACCAGGAUUUGAAACUUCAACUGGAGAAAAUACGAGACCAGCUGUCCGAAGCUCAAGACUGUCUGAGUGAGAUGAAAGAAAAAGUGAUUCAACAUGAAAAUAAACAGGAGACAGCAGAUAAUGGAGAACCAGAGAGCAUUUCAAGCACACAGUUCUACCAGAUUUUCUUUCAGGACUCCACUCAGAAAGAAAGAAAUAAUGAAGGUGAGACUGAAGAGAGCCAACCUCAGGAAUCUGCAGAACAUGCCGAGCAAAAUAUUACAACAUAUCCUAUUCCUAAUAACUUAAGAACAAGAGUAAUUUCUAUAGAAGAAGACCCAAUAUCUGAGUGUUUGCUAAAGCACCACAAACUACUAGAAGAUGUCAUUGUAGAAGAGAUGCCAACCCAAGAACCCCCUGGUACACAAUCAUUAAGUCAAGAAGGAAAAUUUCUUACUUCAGAAACAGAACUCAGUGCUUUAUUUCUAAGAAGGGAAACACAAAACCGAGAUACAGUGCAGAAGGAGGUAUCUACAGAUCUCACGGCUAUCCAGCAUCACUCUGAUGUAAGACAUAAAACUGAUAUUCUUCACAAACAAGAGGAAGGAAAUGAUGUCUCCAUAGCCAAAAGGGAUGGUCAGAUGGAGAAAAAAAAAAUAUCUCUUCCACUCUCAGAAAAGACAAGUUAUUGUCAAGAAAUCCAUGAAAUCCCAGACUAUGUAUAUAAGAUAAUGUUUGUUGGAAACUCAUAUGUUGGCAAAACUGCCUUUUUACAGAGAGUACACGAGGGCUCCUACAAGAGAGAUCUGUCUGUUACAAUAGGAAUAGACUAUCGUAUCAAAAUCAUAACUGUGGACAACAAGCAAUAUGCACUUCAGCUAUGGGACACUGCUGGACAGGAGAGGUUUCAUAGUAUCACAGAACAAUUCUUCAGAAAAGCAGAUGGUAUGGUGCUCAUGUAUGAUAUUACCUCUAGGGAAUCCUUCACUGCUGUGCGACACUGGCUGAAUUGCAUUCAAGAAAAAGUUAUAGAUGAUAUUAUCAUUCUACUUAUCGGCAACAAAAUAGACCGUGAUUCUGAAAGAAAGGUGCCAUAUGAUGAAGGGAAGAAGUUGGCCCAAGAGCACAAACUAUUAUUCAAAGAAUGCAGUGCAGCAUCCGGCAUUAACAUCAUGGAAUCACUGAGCCAGAUGGUCAGAUCCCUAAAGGAGCAUGAAGAUGAUAUGAAAAAUAAUGUGGUAACAAUAAGAAGAUCAAUAAGUCCAAAGAAAACAAGUUGUUGCAUGUAAAAUCUUAAAGAAUCCACCGUUUACAAAAAUCAAUCAAUCAGGUUGAACAGGUUAAACCAGAGGUUCCCAAACUGUGUGCCGUGGCUCCCUGGGGUGGCUCGGGACACUUGCAGGGGUGCCCUGUGUUGGUGGUCCAGGACCAAUUCAAAUUAUUCAUGGUCAAUAUAAUAGGCAAAACCAGUGCUGGUGGCUGCCAGUCAUAAAAUAUGUGGCCAAACAGAAGCAAAUCUUGUCCCUCACCACACAACUGACCCUAAGGAUGACAUAUAAACGCCAUCUACUUAAUGUAAUAUUUCUUUCUAAAUUUCUCAAUAAGAAAAUUUUGGCCUAGGGGUGCCGUGAAAACAUUUCUGAUAUUCUAGGGCGCCGUGAUUCAAAAAAGUUUGGAAACCACUGGGUUAAACAUUUGCUGCCAGUUUGAGGCAUACAUACUGUACUUAUUAAUCCUAGAUUUAUGAUUUGGGGUAAUAAUAUUUUUUUUUACUGUAAGAAAUGUAUAGUGAAACUGAAAAUACAGUAUGUGUUGUUUUGAAAAAGUGUUAAUUAAAGACGUAAAAAAAACAUAUCUCUUGUGGGUGCACUUUCAAAAUUCAUAAAGAAACUCAAUUAAAAAAAAAGAAGAAACACCAAA